UUAUGUUCCAAGGGAAACUAAAUUGUUUUUUUCACAUUGUUCCCAAAUCUCUGAGAUGUAAUUCAUUCUUCUAAUCACUUUACAGCUCUUUGUAAGAAGCCGGAGGACGGAAUGGUGAUGAUGGAUCCAGAGAAGACAUAUUAUAAUAUUGGAGAUACAGUGACAGUAACAUGUCCGGAAGGAUAUCUCCCUUCCUAUCCCUCUGCACAAUGUGUGAAUGUAAGGUUCUACAUUGAGUGGAAUAAUCCUCCACAAUGUUUAGCUCUUUGUAAGAAGCCGAAGGACAGCAUGGUGAUGAUGGAUCCAGAGAAGACAUUUUAUGAUAUUGGAGAUACAGUGACAGUAAAAUGUCCGGUUGGAUCUCGGAAUUCUUAUCCCUCUGUACAAUGUGUGGAGAGUGUUGGCUCCAUUGAGUGGAAUAAUCCUCCACAAUGUUUAGGUUACUGUAAAAAGCCGACCCUUGGAAAUGUGUCCAGUUUUUAUGUAAAUAAGAGGCACUAUAAUAAGGGAGAAUGGAUCGCAGUACAAUGUAAACUUGGAUAUUCUCCAACAUCUGAAACAAUGAGAUGUGACAACCCCCGCUCCUCCCAGGAGUGGACUCCUCCCACUAGUAGCUGUUUAGCUCAGUGUAAAAAGCCGACCAUAGAGAAUGUGAACAGUCUCAUUAUGGACAAGGAGUAUUAUAAGAAGGGAGACAGGAUAAUAAUACGGUGCAAUGAUGGAUAUUAUCCCACAUCCAGCACAAUGAGAUGUAAAAACCCCCACGCCUCCCUGGAAUGGUCUCCUUCCACUGUUACCUGUAUAGGAGUCACCUUUACGGAUUGGAAAGUCACCUCAAUCGGUAUCAGCUUCCAGUUCUCCUGCACUCCUCAAUGUCCCGAUACCUGGAGAUUUGAUGUACAGUUGUGUCCGAAGACAGAUUAUUUUUAUUAUGGUGGAUCAUGUAAAGAUUUGACUGGUAAAGGUGGGACAUUCACCGAUCUAAAGCCAUCCUCUAGAUAUAAUAUACAAACCAAACUUCAUACAGAGCGGGAACAAUUCAACCUGGUGGACAAGUUUAUCUGGACGGACGACUCAGUUACAAGUCAGCCUGAAAUACUGAAAGUUCCAUCAAUGGAAGAUAACACAAUUAUAUGGAGAUUGUCUGAGGAAUGGGGAAAUAUUAUCGGGUUCCAGAUGAAUAUCUCAGCCUCGAGGGAUUACAACGUGUCCUUUGCUGUGGAUGAGUCUCUCCAGUUUCCACCCAAUGUGACAGAAUAUAAAAUCCCCCUCCAGUAUGGGACUAACUACACCAUCGCCCUCCGAGGACUCACAACAUCUGGGGCUAAGGAGGUUACAACUGAGAACAUUGAGAUUGAUAUUGGAGAUCCUCCUCUCCACAUGGAGAAGACCUUACAUGAUGACACUUUGCAGCUCUACCCAGUUCCUAAUCUGAAUGGGCCAAUCAGAUCUUAUGAAAUAAUUGUCUUUGGCGGUCAGGAAGACAAUUCAAUAAAGGAGUGUCUGACUUUCAAAACCACCCCGUACAAUUUCACCUGGUCUCCGACCCGUUAUACUGCGGCUGUCCUUCCUGCAGAGAACCUCACCGAACCCAGAACCUUCACCCUGGGGGAUAACCACCAUUAUAAUGGGUUCCACAAUGCUCCUCUUAUCCCCAACGCCAACUAUACCGUCUACAUUCGGGUCACCAGUCGCUGGAAACACGUGGAGACGUCAUCGUGUGCUUUUGCUGGAGUCAUUAAAGGUGUGACCUGCAGCUCCUUGAUUCCGUAAGUAUAAAGAUCUGCACUUCUGACACCAAAAAUACUUUACUGAUGGAAGCCAGCUCUCCGAUGUUCUGUGAUGUUCUGUACAAGGGUUACUUGUAUUUCUUCUAUAUCCCCAAAAUAUUUUAGAGUCAAAUAUGUGUUUAUUGCUUUUCAACAUA